AUGGACGUGGACGUGGACGUGGACAUGGACGUGGACGUGGACGUGGACGUGGACGUGGACAUGGACAUGGACGUGGACGUGGACGGAGACGUGGACGCGGACAUGGACGUGGACGUGGACGUGGACGUGGACGUGGACAUGGACGUGGACGUGGACGUGGACGUGGACGUGGACGUGGACGUGGACGUGGACGUGGUCGUGGACGUGGACGUGGACGUGGACGUGCACAUGGACAUGGACGUGGACGUGGACGUGGACGUGGUCGUGGACGUGGACGUGGAGGUGGACAUGGACGUGGACAUGGACGUGGACGUGGACGUGCACGUGGACGUGGACGUGGGCGUGGACGUGGAGGUGGACGUGGACGUGGACGUGGACAUGGUCGUGGACGUGGACUUGGACGUGGACGUGGACGUGGACGUGGACGUGGACUUGGACGUGGACGUGGACGUGGACGUGGACGUGGACGUGGACGUGGACAUAGACAUGGACGUGGUCAUGGACGUCGACGUGGACAUGGACGUGGACGUGGACGUGGACGUGGACGUGGACGUGGACAUGGACGUGGACAUGGACGUGGACGUGGACAUGGACAUGGACGUGGACGUGGACAUGGACGUGGACGUGGACGUGGACGUGCACGUGGACAUGGACGUGGACAUGGACGUGGACAUGGACGUGGACGUGGACGUGGACGUAGACGUGGACGUGGACGUGGACGUGGACAUGGACGUGGACGUGGACGUGGACGUGGACGUGGGCGUGGACGUGGACGUGGACAUGGACGUGGGCGUGGGCGUGGACGUGGACGUGGACGUGGGCGUGGACGUGGACAUGGACGUGGUCGUGGACGUGGGCAUGGACAUGGACGUGGACGUGGCCAUGGACGUGGACGUGGACGUGGACGUGGACAUAGACGUGGGCGUGGACGUGGACGUGGACGUGGACAUGGACGUGGACGUGGACAUGGACGUGGACGUGGACGUGGACAUGGACGUGGACGUGGGCGUGGACGAAGACGUGGACGUGGACGUGGACAUGGACGUGGACGUGGACGUGGACGUGGACGUGGACGUGGACGUGGACGUGGACAUGGACGUGGACGUGGACGUGGACGUGGACGUGGACGUGGACAUGGACGUGGACGUGGAGGACUUGGACAUGGACGUGGACGUGGACGUGGACGUGGACAUGGGCAUGGAGGUGGACGUGGAGAUGGACGUGGACAUGGAGAUGGACGUGGACAUGGACAAGGACGUGGACAUGAACGUGGACGUGGAAGUGGACGUGGACGUGGACGUGGACAUGGACGUGGACGUGGACAUGGACUUGGAGGUGGACGUGGACGUGGAAGUGGACGUGGACGUGGACGUGGACAUGGACGUGGACGUGGACAUGGACGUGGACGUGGACAUGGACGUGGACAUGGACGUGGACGUGGAGGUGGACGUGGACGUGGACGUGGUCGUGGACGUGGACGUGGACGUGGACGUGGACAUGGACGUGGACGUGGACGUGGACUUGGACGUGGUCGUGGACGUGGACGUGGACGUCGACAUGGACGUCGACAUGGACGUGGACAUGGACCGACAUGGACGUGGACGUGGACUGGACAUGGACGUGGACGUGGACAUGGACGUGGACAUGGACAUGGACAUGGACGUGGACGUGGACGUGGACGUGGACGUGGACAUGGACGUGGACGUGGACGUGGACGUGGACUUGGACGUGGACGUGGCCGUGGACGUGGACUUGGACGUAAACGUGGACGUGGACGUGGACAUGGACGUGGACGUGGACGUGGACGUGGAGAUGGACAUGGACAUGGACGUGGACGUCGACAUGGACGUGGACGUGGACGUGGACGUGGACAUGGACGUGGACGUGGACAUGGACGUGGACGUGGACGUGGACGUGGUCGUGGACGUGGACGUGGACGUGGACAUGGACGUGGACGUGGUCGUGGACGUGGACGUGGACGUGCACAUGGACGUAGACGUGGACGUGGACGUGGACGUGGUCGUGGACGUGGACGUGGACGUGGACAUGGACGUGGACAUGGACGUGGACAUGGACGUGGACAUGGACAUGGACAUGGACGUGGCCGUGGAUGUGCACGUGGAUGUAGACGUGGACGUGGACGUGGACGUGGACAUGGACGUGAACGUGGUCGUGGACAUGGACGUGGACGUGGACAUGGACGUGGACAUGGACAUGGACGUGGACGUCGACGUGGACAUAGACGUGGACGUAGACGUGGACGUGGACGUGGACGUGGACGUGGACGUGGACGUGGACGUGGACAUGGACGUGGAGAUGGACGUGGACGUGGACGUGGACUUGGACGUGGAGGUGGACGUGGACGUGGACGUGGACGGGGUCAUGGACGUGGACAUGGACGUGGACGGAGACGUGGACGCGGACAUGGACGUGGACAUGGACGUGGACAUGGACGUGGACAUGGACAUGGACAUAGACGUGGACGUGGACGUGGACGUGGACGUGGACAUGGACAUGGACAUGGACAUGGACGUGGAUAUGGACGUGGACGUGGACGUGGACGUGGACGUGGACGUGGACAUGGACGUGGACGUGGACGUGGACAUGGACGUGGACGUGGACGUGGACGUGAACGUGGACAUGGACAUGGACAUGGACGUGGACGUGGACGGAGACGUGGACGCGGACAUGGACGUGGACGUGGACGUGGACGUGGACGUGGACAUGGACGUGGACGUGGACGUGGACGUGGACGUGGACGUGGACGUGGACGUGGUCGUGGACGUGGACGUGGACGUGGACGUGCACAUGGACGUGGACGUGGACGUGGACGUGGACGUGGUCGUGGACGUGGACGUGGAUGUGGACAUGGACGUGGACAUGGACGUGGACGUGGACGUGCACGUGGACGUGGACGUGGACGUGGACGUGGAGGUGGACGUGGACGUGGACGUGGACAUGGUCGUGGACGUGGACUUGGACGUGGACGUGGACGUGGACGUGGACGUGGACUUGGACGUGGACGUGGACGUGGACGUGGACGUGGACGUGGACGUGGACAUGGACAUGGACGUGGUCAUGGACGUCGACGUGGACAUGGACGUGGACGUGGACGUGGACGUGGACGUGGACAUGGACGUGGACAUGGACGUGGACGUGGACAUGGACAUGGACGUGGACGUGGACAUGGACGUGGACGUGGACGUGGACGUGCACGUGGACAUGGACGUGGACAUGGACGUGGACAUGGACGUGGACGUGGACGUGGACGUAGACGUGGACGUGGACGUGGACGUGGACAUGGACGUGGACGUGGACGUGGACGUGGACGUGGACGUGGGCGUGGACGUGGACGUGGACAUGGACGUGGCCGUGGGCGUGGACGUGGACGUGGACGUGGGCGUGGACGUGGACAUGGACGUGGACGUGGACGUGGACGUGGACGUGGACGUGGACAUGGACGUGGACGUGGACGUGGACGUGGACAUGGACGUGGACAUGGACGUGGACGUGGACGUGGACGUGGACGUGGACGUGGACAUGGACGUGGACGUGGACGUGGACGUGGACGUGGACGUGGUCGUAGACGUGGACGUGGUCGUGGACGUGGACGUGGACAUGGACAUGGACAUGGACGUGGACGUGGACAUGGACGUGGACGUGGACGUGGACAUGGACAUGGACAUGGACGUGGACGUGGACAUGGACGUGGACGUGGACAUGGACGUGGAUGUGGACGUGGACAUGGACAUGGACGUGGACGUGGACGUGGACGUGGACGUGGACAUGGACAUGGACAUGGACGUGGACGUGGACAUGGACGUGGUCGUGGACGUAGACGUGGACGUGGACGUGGACUUGGACGUGGACGUGGACGUGGACGUGUACGUGGACGUGGACGUGGACGCGGACGUGGACUUGGACGUGGACUUGGACGUGGAGAUGGACGUGGAGAUGGACGUGGACAUGGACGUGGACGUGGACGUGGACAUGGACAUGGAGGUGUACGUGGACAUGGACGUGGACCUGGAGGUGGACGUGGACGUGGACGUGGACGUGGACGUGGACGUGGACGUGGACGUGGACGUGGACAUGGACGUGGACGUGGACGUGGACAUGGACAUGGACAUGGACAUGGACGUGGACGUGGACGUGGACGUGGACGUGGACAUGGACAUGGACGUGGACGUGGACGUGGACAUGGAGGUGGACAUGGACGUGGACAUGGACGUGGACAUGGACGUGGACGUGGACGUGGACAUGGACGUGGGCGUGGACGUGGGCGUGGACGUGGACGUGGGCGUGGACAUGGACAUGGACGUGGACGUGGACGUGGACGUGGACGUGGACGUGGACGUGGGCGUGGACGUGGACGUGGACGAGGACGUGGACGUGGACGUGGACGAAGACGUGGACGUGGACGUGGACGUGGACGUGGACAUGGACGUGGACGUGGACGUCGACAUGGACGUGGACAUGGACGUGGACAUGGACGUGGACAUGGACGUGGACGUGGACGUGGACGUGGACGUGGACGUGGACGUGGACAUGGACAUGGACAUGGACAUGGACGUGGAGGUGGACGUGGACGUAGACGUGGACGUGGACGUGGACGUGGACGUGGACGUGGACAUGGACGUGGACGUGGACAUGGACGUGGACAUGGACAUGGACGUGGACGUGGACGUGGACGUGGUCGUGGACGUGGACGUGGACGUGGACAUGGACGUGGACAUGGACGUGGACGUGGACGUGGACAUGGACGUGGACGUGGACGUGGACGUGGACAUGUACGUGGACAUGGACAUGGACAUGGACAUGGACGUGGAGGUGGACGUGGACGUAGACGUGGACGUGGACGUGGACAUGGACGUGGACAUGGACGUGAACGUGGACGUGGACUUGGACGUGGACGUGGACGUGGACGUGGUCAUGGAUGUGGACGUGGACGUGGACGCAGACGUGGACGUGGACAUAGACGUGGACAUAGACGUGGACAUGGACGUGGACAUGGACGUGGACAUGGACAUGGACAUGGACGUGGACGUGGACGUGGACGUGGACAUGGACAUGGACAUGGACAUGGACGUAGACAUGGACGUGGACGUGGACGUGGACGUGGACGUGGACAUGGACGUGGACGUGGACGUGGACGUGGACAUGGACGUGGACGUGGACGUGGACGUGGACGUGGACGUGGACGUGGACGUGGACGUGGACAUGGGCGUGGACGUGGACGUGGACGUGGACGUGGACUUGGACGUGGACGUGGACGUGGACGUGGACAUGGACGUGGACGUGGACGUGGACGUGGACAUGGACAUGGACAUGGACGUGGACAUGGACGUGGACGUGGACGUGGACGUGGUCGUCGACGUGGACGUGGACGUGGACGUGGACAUGGACGUAGACGUGGACGUGGACGAGGACGUGGACGUGGACGUGGACGUGGUCGUGGACGUGGACGUGGACGUGGACAUGGACGUGGACAUGGACGUGGACAUGGACGUGGAAGUAGACGUGGACCUGGACGUGGACGUGGACGUGGACGUGGACAUGGACGUGGACGUGGACAUGGACGUGGACAUGGACAUGGACAUGGACAUGGACGUGGACGUGGACGUGGACGUGGACAUGGACAUGGACGUGGACGUGGUCGUGGACGUGGACGUGGACGUAGACGUGGACGUGGACGUGGACAUGGACGUGGACAUGGACGUGGACAUGAACGUGGACGUGGACGUGGACGUGGACAUGGACGUGGACAUGGACAUGGACAUGGACAUGGACAUGGACAUGGACGUGGAGGUGGACGUGGACGUAGACGUGGACGUGGACGUGGACGUGGACGUGGACAUGGACGUGGACAUGGACGUGAACGUGGACGUGGACUUGGACGUGGACGUGGACGUGGACGUGGUCAUGGACGUGGACGUGGACGUGGACGCAGACGUGGACGUGGACAUGGACGUGGACAUGGACGUGGACAUGGACGUGGACAUGGACAUGGACAUGGACGUGGACGUGGACGUGGACGUGGACAUGCACAUGGACGUGGACAUGGACGUAGACAUGGACGUGGACGUGGACGUGGACGUGGACAUGGACGUGGACGUGGACGUGGACGUGGACGUGGACGUGGACGUGGACAUGGGCGUGGACGUGGACGUGGACGUGGACGUAGACGUGGACGUGGACUUGGACGUGGACGUGGACGUGGACGUGGACAUGGACGUGGACGUGGACGUGGACGUGGACAUGGACAUGGACAUGGACAUGGACAUGGACGUGGACAUGGACGUGGACGUGGACGUGGUCGUGGACGUGGACGUGGACGUGGACGUAGACGUGGACGUGGACGUGGACGUGGUCGUGGACGUGGACGUGGACGUGGUCGUGGACGUGGACGUGACGGACAUGGACGUGGACAUGGACGUGGACAUGGACGUGGACAUGGACAUGGACGUGGACGUGGACGUGGACGUGGACGUGGGCAUGGACGUGGACGUGGACGUGGACGUGGACAUGGACGUGGACGUGGACGUGGACGUGGACGAGGACGUGGACGUGGACGUGGUCAUGGACGUGGACGUGGACGUGGACGUGGACAUGGUCGUGGAGAUGGACGUGGACAGGGACGUGGACGUGGACGCGGACGUGGACGCGGACGUGGACGCCGUCGUGGACGUGGACAGGGACGUGGACGCGGACGUGGACGUGGAGGUGGACGUGGACGUGGACGUGGAGGACUUGGACGUGGACGUGGACGUGGAGGACUUGGACGUGGACGUGGACGUGGACGUGGACGUGGACGUGGACAUGGACGUGGACGUGGACGCGGACGUGGACGUGGACGCGGACGUGGAGGACUUGGACGUGGACGUGGAGGACUUGGACAUGGACGUGGACAUGGACAUGGACGUGGACAUGGACAUGGACGUGGACGUGGACGUGGACAUGGACGUGGACAUGGACGUGGACGUGGACGUGGACGUGGUCGUGGACGUGGACGUGAACGUGGACGUGGACAUGGACGUGGACAUGGACGUGGACAUGGACGUGGACAUGGACAUGGACGUGGACAUGGACGUGGAUGUGGACGUGGACGUGGACAUGGACGUGGACAUGGACAUGGACGUGGACGUGGACGUGGAUGUGGACAUGGACGUGGACAUGGACGUGGACAUGGACAUGGACAUGGACGUGGACGUGGAGGACGUGGACGUGGACGUGGAGGACUUGGACGUGGACAUGGACGUGGACGUGGACGUGGACGUGGACGUGGACGUGGACGUGGACGUGGACCUGGACGUGGUCGUGGACGUGGACAUGGACGUGGACGUGGACGUGGACGUGGUCGUGGACGUGGACGUGGACGUGGACGUGGACGUGGGCGUGGACAUGGACGUGGACAUGGACGUGGGCGUGGACGUGGACGUGGACGUGGACGUGGACGUGGACGUGGAAGUCGACGGGGACGUGGACGUGGACGUGGACGUGGACGUGGACGUGGACGUGGACGUGGACGUGGACGUGGACGUGGACGGGGACGUGGACGUGGACGUGGACGGGGACGUGGACGUGCACGUGGACGUGGACGUGGACGUGGACGUGGACAGGGACGUGGACGUGGACAUGGACGUGGACGUGGACGUGGACGCGGACAGGGACGUGGACAUGGACGUGGACGUGGACGUGGACGCGGACAAGGACGUGGACAGGGACGUGGACGUGGACAUGGACGUGGACGUGGACGCGGACGUGGACGUGGACAGGGACGUGGACGUGGACGCGGACGCGGACGUGGACAGGGACGUGGACAGGGACGUGGACGCGGACAUGGACGUGGACGUGGACGUGGACGUGGACCUGGACGUGGACGUGGACGUGGACGUGGACCUGGACGUGGACGUGGACGUGGACAUGGACAUGGACGUGGACGUGGACGUGGUCGUGGACGUGGACGUGGACGUGGACAUGGACUUGGACGUGGACGUGGACGUGGACAUGGACUUGGACAUGGACGUGGACGUGGACGUGGAUGUGGACGGAGACGUGGACAUGGACGUGGACGCGGACGCGGACGUGGACGUGGACGUGGACGUGGACGUGGACGAAGACGUGGACGUGGACGCGGACAUGGACGGGGACGUGGACGUGGACGUGGACGUGGACGUGGACAUGGACGUGGACAUGGACGUGGACUUGGACGUGGAGGUGGACGUGGACGUGGACGUGGUCAUGGACGUGGACAUGGACGUGGACGUAGACGUGGACGUGGACAUGGACGUGGACGUGGACGUGGACGUGGACAUGGACAUGGAGGUGGACGUGGACGCGGACGUGGACAUGGACAUGGACAUGGACAUGGACGGGGACAUGGACGCGGACGUGGACGUGGACGUGGACGUGGGCGUGGGCGUGGACGUGGGCGUGGACGUGGACAUGGACAUGGAGGUGGACAUGGACGCGGACGUGGACAUGGACAUGGACAUGGACAUGGACGGGGACGUGGACGCGGACAUGGACAUGGACCUGGACGGGGACAUGGGCGUGGGCGUGGACGCGGGCGUGGGCGUGGGCGUGGGCGUGGGCGUGGGCGUGGGCGUGGGCGUGGACGCGGUCGUGGACAUGGACGUGGGCGUGGACGCGGACGUGGACGCGGACUUGGACGUGGACGCGGACGACAUGGACGUGGACGUGGACUUAGACGUGGACGAGGACGUGGACGUGGACGUGGACGUGGACGUGGACGUGGACGUGGACAGGGACGUGGACGCGGACGUGGACGUGGAGGUGGACGUGGACGUGGACGUGGACGUGGACGUGGACGUGGACGUGGAGGACUUGGACGUGGACGUGGACGUGGACGUGGACGUGGACGUGGACAUGGACGUGGACGUGGACGCGGACGUGGACGUGGACGCGGACGUGGAGGACUUGGACGUGGACGUGGAGGACUUGGACAUGGACGUGGACAUGGACAUGGACGUGGACAUGGACAUGGACGUGGACGUGGACGUGGACAUGGACGUGGACAUGGACGUGGACGUGGACGUGGACGUGGUCGUGGACGUGGACGUGGACGUGGACGUGAACGUGGACGUGGACAUGGACGUGGACAUGGACGUGGACAUGGACGUGGACAUGGACAUGGACGUGGACAUGGACGUGGACGUGGACGUGGACGUAGACAUGGACGUGGACAUGGACAUGGACGUGGACGUGGACGUGGAUGUGGACAUGGACGUGGACAUGGACGUGGACAUGGACAUGGACAUGGACGUGGACGUGGAGGACGUGGACGUGGACGUGGACGUGGACGUGGACGUGGACGUGGACGUGGACGUGGACGUGGACGUGGACGUGGGCGUGGACCUGGACGUGGACGUGGACGUGGACGUGGACGUGGACGUGGACGUGGACGUGGACGUGGGCGUGGACGUGGACGUGGACGUGGGCGUGGACGUGGACGUGGACGUGGACGUGGACGUGGACGUGGGCGUGGACGUGGGCGUGGACGUGGACGUGGACGUGGACGUGGACGUGGACGUGGACUUGGACGUGGACUUGGACGUGGACGUGGACGUGGACGUGGGCGUGGGCGUGGACGUGGACGUGGACGUGGACGUGGACUUGGACGUGGACUUGGACGUGGACGUGGACGUGGACGUGGACGUGGGCGUGGACGUGGACGUGGGCGUGGACGUGGACGUGGGCGUGGACGUGGACGUGGACGUGGACGUGGACGUGGACGUGGACGUGGACGUGGACGUGGACGUGGUCGUGGACGUGGACGUGGACGUGGACGUGGACGUGGACGUGGACGUGGACGUGGACGUGGACGUGGACGUGGACGUGGACGUGGAGGUGGACGUGGACGUGGACGUGGACGUGGACGUGGACGCAGACGUGGACGUGGACAUGGACGUGGACUUGGACGUGGACAUGGACGUGGACAUGGACAUGGACGUGGACGUGGACAUGGACAUGGACAUGGACAUGGACGUAGACGUCGUGGACGUGGACGUGGACGUGGACAUGGACAUGGACAUGGACAUGGACGUAGACGUCGACGUGGACGUGGACAUGGACGUGGACGUGGACGUGGACAUGGACGUGGACGUGGACGUGGACGUGGACGUGGACGUGGACUUGGACGUGGACGUGGACGUGCAAAUGGACGUGGACGUGGACGUGGACGUGGACGUGGACGUGGACAUGGACGUGGACAUGGUCGUGGACGUGGACAUGGACGUGGACGUGGACGUGGACAUGGACGCGGACAUGGUCGUGGACGUGGACAUGGACGUGGACGUGGACGUGGACAUGGACGCGGACAUGGACGUGGACGUGGACGUGGACGUGGACGUGGACGUGGGCAUGGACAUGGACAUGGACAUGGACGUGGACGUGGACGAGGACGUGGUCGCGGACGUGUACGUGGACAUGGACGUGGACGUGGACGCGGACGUGGACGUGGACGUGGACGUGGACGUGUACGUGGACGUGGACGUGGACGCGGACGUGGACGUGGACGCGGACGUGGAGGACGUGGACGUGGACGUGGACGCGGACGUGGAGGACGUGGACGCGGACAUGGACGUGGACGCGGACGUGGAGGACUUGGACGUGGACGUGGACGUGGAGGACGUGGACGCGGACGUGGACGUGGACGUGGACGUGGAGGACUUGGACGUGGACGUGGACAUGGACGUGGACGUGGACGUGGACGUGGACGUGGACAUGGACGUGGAGGACUUGGACGUGGACGUGGACGUGGACGUGGACGAGGACUUGGACGUGGAGAUGGACGUGGACAUGGACUUGGACGUGGACGUGGACGUGGACGUGGACGUGGACAUGGAGGUGGACGUGGAGAUGGACGUGGAGAUGGACGUGGACAUGGACAUGGACGUGGACAUGGACAUGGACGUGGACGUGGACGUGGUCAUGGACGUGGAGAUGGAGGUGGACAUGGACAUGGACGUGGACAUGGACAUGGACGUGGACGUGGACGCGGACAUGGACGUGGACAUGGACGUGGACGUGGACGUGGACAUGGACAUGGACAUGGACGUGGACGUGGACGUGGACGUGGACGUGGACGUGGACGUGGACGUGGACGUGGACGUGGUAGUGGACGUGGACGUGGCCGUGGACGUGGACAUGGACGUGGACAUGGACGUGGACAUGGACGUGGACAUGGACGUGGACGUGGACGUGGACGUGGACAUGGACAUGGACAUGGACGUGGACGUGGACGUGGACAUGGACAUGGACGUGGACGUGGACGUGGACGUGGACAUGGACAUGGACAUGGACGUGGACGUGGACGUGGAGGACGUGGACGUGGACGUGGACAUGGACGUGGAGGACUUGGACGUGGACGUGGACGGGGACGUGGACGUGGACGUGGACGUGGACGUGGACGUGGACCUGGACGUGGACGUGGACGUGGACGUGGACGUGGACGUGGUCGUGGACGUGGACGUGGACGUGGACGUGGACCUGGACGUGGACGUGGACGUGGUCGUGGACGUGGACGUGGAGGUGGGCGUGGACGUGGACUUGGACAUUGGACGUGGACACGUGGACGCGGACGUGGACGUGGACGUGGUCGUCGACGGGGGCGCGGACGUGGACGUGGACGCGGACGUGGACGUGGACGUGGUCGUCGACGGGGUCGUCGACGGGGACGUGGACGUGGACGUGGACGUGGACGUGGACGUGGACAUGGUCAUGGACAUGGACGUGGACGUGGACGUGGACGUGGACGUGGACGUGGACGUGGACGUGGACGUGGACGUGGACGUGGACAUGGACGUGGACGUGGACGUGGACGUGGACAUGGACGAGGACGUGGACGUGGUCGUGGACAUGGACAUGGACGAGGACGUGGACGUGGACGUGGACGUGGACGAGGACGUGGACGUGGACGUGGACGUGGACAUGGACGUGGACAUGGACGUGGACGUGGACGAGGACGUGGACGUGGACGUGGACGUGGACGUGGACGUGGACGUGGACCUGGACAUGGACAUGGACCUGGACGUGGACCUGGUUGUGGACGUGGACCUGGACGUGGACAUGGACGUGGACCUGGACGUGGACAUGGACAUGGACGUGGACGUGGACGUGGACUUGGACGUGGACGUGGACAUGGACAUGGACAUGGACAUGGACGUGGACAUGGACGAGGACGUGGACGUGGACGUGGUCGUGGACAUGGACGUGGACGUGGACAUGGAUGUGGACAUGGACUUGGACGAGGACGUGGACGAGGACGUGGACGUGGACGUGGACAUGGGCGUGGACGUGGUCGUGGACGUGGACGUGGACGUGGACAUGGACGUGGACGUGGACGUGGACAUGGACGUGGACAUGGACGUGGACUUGGACGUGGAGGUGGACGUGGACGUGGACGCGGUCGCGGACGCGGUCGCGGACGCGGUCGUGGACGCGGUCGUGGACGCGGUCGUGGACGUGGACGUGGACGCGGACGCGGACAGGGACGCGGACAGGGACGCGGACAGGGACGCGGACAGGGACGCGGACAGGGACGCGGACAGGGACGCGGACGCGGACAGGGACGCGGACGCGGACGUGGACGCGGACGCGGACGUGGAACUGGACGCGGACCUGGACGCGGACGUGGAACUGGACGCGGACCUGGACGCGGACCUGGACGCGGACGUGGAACUGGACGCGGACCUGGACGUGGACGUAGACGUGGACGUGGACGUGGACGUGGACGUGGACGUGGUAGUGGACGUGGACGUGGACGUGAACGUGGACGUGGACGUGGACGUGGACGUGGACGUGGACGUGGUCGUGGACGUGGACGUGGACGUGGACGCGGACGCGGACGUGGACGCGGACGCGGACGCGGACGUGGACGCGGACGUGGACGUGGACGUGGUCGUGGACGUGGUCGUGGACGGGGACAGGGACGCGGACGCGGACGCGGACAGGGACGUGGACGUGGACGUGGUCGUGGACGUGGACAGGGACAGGGACGUGGACGUGGACAGGGACGUGGACAUGGACGUGGACGUGGACGUGGACGUGGACGUGGACGUGGACGUGGACUUGGACGUGGACGUGGACGUGCAAAUUGACGUGGACGUGGACGUGGACGUGGACAUGGACGUGGACAUGGUCGUGGACGUGGACAUGGACGUGGACGUGGACGUGGACAUGGACGCGGACAUGGACGUGGACGUGGACGCGGACGUGGACGUGGACGUGGGCAUGGACAUGGACAUGGACAUGGACGUGGACGUGGACGAGGACGUGGUCGCGGACGUGUACGUGGACAUGGACGUGGACGUGGACGCGGACGUGGACGUGGACGUGGACGUGUACGUGGACGUGGACGUGGACGCGGACGUGGACGUGGACGCGGACGUGGAGGACGUGGACGUGGACGUGGACGCGGACGUGGAGGACGUGGACGUGGACGUGGACGCGGACGUGGAGGACGUGGACGCGGACAUGGACGUGGACGCGGACGUGGAGGACUUGGACGUGGACGUGGACGUGGAGGACGUGGACGCGGACGUGGACGUGGACGUGGACGUGGAGGACUUGGACGUGGACGUGGACAUGGACGUGGACGUGGACGUGGACGUGGACGUGGACAUGGACGUGGAGGACUUGGACGUGGACGUGGACGUGGACGUGGACGAGGACUUGGACGUGGAGAUGGACGUGGACAUGGACUUGGACGUGGACGUGGACGUGGACGUGGACGUGGACGUGGACAUGGAGGUGGACGUGGAGAUGGACGUGGAGAUGGACGUGGACAUGGACAUGGACGUGGACAUGGACAUGGACGUGGACGUGGACGUGGUCAUGGACGUGGAGAUGGACGUGGACAUGGACAUGGACGUGGACAUGGACAUGGACGUGGACGUGGACGUGGACAUGGACGUGGACAUGGACGUGGACGUGGACGUGGACAUGGACAUGGACGUGGACGUGGACGUGGACGUGGACGUGGACGUGGACGUGGACGUGGUCGUGGACGUGGACGUGGCCAUGGACAUGGACAUGGACGUGGCCGUGGACGUGGACAUGGACGUGGACAUGGACGUGGACAUGGACGUGGACAUGGACGUGGACGUGGACGUGGACGUGGACAUGGACAUGGACAUGGACGUGGACGUGGACGUGGACAUGGACAUGGACGUGGACAUGGACGUGGACGUGGACAUGGACAUGGACAUGGACGUGGACGUGGACGUGGAGGACGUGGACGUGGACGUGGAGGACUUGGACGUGGACGUGGAUGGGGACGUGGACGUGGACGUGGACGUGGACGUGGACGUGGACCUGGACGUGGACGUGGACGUGGACGUGGACGUGGACGUGGACGUGGACGUGGACGUGGACGUGGUCGUGGACGUGGACGUGGACGUGGACGUGGACCUGGACGUGGACGUGGACGUGGUCGUGGACGUGGACGUGGAGGACGUGGACGUGGUCGUGGACAUGGACAUGGACAAGGACGUGGACGUGGACGUGGACGAGGACGUGGACGUGGACGUGGACGUGGACAUGGACGUGGACAUGGACGUGGACGUGGACGAGGACGUGGACGUGGACGUGGACGUGGACGUGGACGUGGACGUGGACCUGGACAUGGACAUGGACCUGGACGUGGACCUGGUUGUGGACGUGGACUUGGACGUGGACAUGGACGUGGACCUGGACGUGGACAUGGACAUGGACGUGGACGUGGACGUGGACUUGGACAUGGACGUGGACAUGGACAUGGACAUGGACAUGGACGUGGACAUGGACGAGGACGUGGACGUGGACGUGGUCGUGGACAUGGACGUGGACGUGGACAUGGAUGUGGACAUGGACUUGGACGAGGACGUGGACGAGGACGUGGACGUGGACGUGGACAUGGGCGUGGACGUGGUCGUGGACGUGGACGUGGACGUGGACAUGGACGUGGACGUGGACGUGGACAUGGACGUGGACAUGGACGUGGACUUGGACGUGGAGGUGGACGUGGACGCGGACGCGGUCGUGGACGCGGUCGCGGACGCGGUCGUGGACGCGGUCGUGGACGCGGUCGUGGACGUGGACGUGGACGCGGACGCGGACAGGGACGCGGACAGGGACGCGGACAGGGACGCGGACAGGGACGCGGACAGGGACGCGGACGCGGACAGGGACGCGGACAGGGACGCGGACGCGGACGCGGACGCGGACGCGGACGCGGACCUGGACGCGGACGUGGACGCGGACGCGGACCUGGACGCGGACCUGGACGCGGACCUGGACGCGGACGUGGAACUGGACGCGGACCUGGACGUGGACGUGGACGUGGACGUGGACGUGGACGUGGACGUGGACGUGGUAGUGGACGUGGACGUGGACGUGGACGUGGACGUGGACGUGGACGUGGACGUGGACGUGGACGUGGACGUGGACGUGGACGCGGACGCGGACGUGGACGCGGACGCGGACGCGGACGUGGACGCGGACGUGGACGUGGACGUGGUCGUGGACGUGGUCGUGGACGGGGACAGGGACGCGGACGCGGACGCGGACAGGGACGUGGACGUGGACGUGGUCGUGGACGUGGACAGGGACGUGGACGUGGACAGGGACGUGGACGCGGACGUGGACGUGGACGUGGACAGGGACGUGGACGCGGACGUGGACGUGGACGUGGACAGGGACGUGGACGCGGACGUGGACGUGGACGUGGACGCGGACGUGGACGGGGACGCGGACGUGGACGUGGACGCGGACGUGGACGCGGACGCGGACGUGGACGCGGACGCGGACGCGGACGUGGACGAGGACGUGGACGUGGACGUGGACGUGGACGUGGACGUGGACUUGGACGUGGACGUGGACGUGGACGUGGACGUGGACGUGGGCGUGGGCGUGGGCGUGGCCAGGGACGUGGACGCGGACAGGGACGCGGACGCGGACAGGGACGCGGACGCGGACGUGGACGCGGACGGGGACGCGGACGCGGACGCGGACAGGGACGCGGACGCGGACAGGGACGCGGACAGGGACGCGGACGGGACGCGGACGGGGACGCGGACGCGGACGGGGACGCGGACGGAGACAGGGACGCGGACGCGGACAGGGACGCGGACGCGGACGCGGACGGGACGGGGACGCGGACCUGGACGGGACGCGGACGGGGACGCGGACGCGGACGGGACGGGGACGCGGACCUGGACGCGGACGUGGACGCGGACGCGGACGGGACGGGGACGCGGACGUGGACGCGGACGCGGACGUGGUCGUGGACGCGGACGCGGACGUGGACCUGGACGUGGACGGGACGCGGACGUGGACGUGGACGUGGACGCGGACGUGGACGUGGACGGGGACGUGGACGGGGACGUGGACGUGGACGUGGUCGUGGACGUGGUCGUGGACGUGGUCGUGGACGUGGACGUGGACGUGGACGUGGUCGUGGACGUGGACGUGGACGUGGACGUCGACGUGGGCGUGGACGUGGGCGUGGACGUGGGCGUGGACGUGGACGUGGACGUCGACGUGGACGUGGGCGUGGACGUGGACGUCGACGUGGACGUGGGCGUGGACGUGGACAUGGACGUGGACGUGGACGUGGACGUGGACGUGGACGUGGACGUGGGCGUGGACGUGGGCGUGGGCGUGGACGUGGACGUGGACGUGGACGUGGACGUGGACGUCGACGUGGACGUGGUCGUGGACGUGGUCGUGGACGUGGACGUGGACUUGGACGUGGACGUGGUCGUGGACGUGGUCCUGGACGUGGACGUGGACGUGGACUUGGACGUGGACCUGGACGUGGACCUGGACCUGGACCUGGACCUGGACUUGGACGUGGACGUGGACGUGGACGUGGACGUGGACGUGGACCUGGACGUGAACGUGGACGUGGACGUGGACCUGGACGUGGACCUGGACGUGGACGUGGACGUGGACGUGGACGUGGACGUGGACGUGGACGUGGACGUGGACCUGGACGUGGACCUGGACGUGGACCUGGACGUGGACGCGUGGACGUGGACGCGUGGACGUGGACGUGGACACGCGGACGCGGUCGCGGUCGUGGACGCGGACGCGGUCGCGGUCGUGGACGCGGACGCGGUCGCGGACGCGGACGCGGACGUGGACGUGGACGUGGACGUGGGCGUGGACGUGGACGUGGACGUGGACGACGUGGACGUGGACGUGGGCGUGGACGUGGACGUGGGCGCGGACGUGGACGUGGGCGUGGACCUGGACGUGGACGCGGACGUGGACGUGGACGUGGACGUGGACGUGGACGUGGACGUGGACGUGGUCGUGGACGUGGUCAGGGACGUGGACGUGGACGUGGUCAGUCGUGGACGUGGUCAGUCGUGGACGUCGACGUGGUCAGUCGUGGACAUGGUCGACGCGGACGCGGACGUGGACGGGGACGCGGACGUGGACGCGGACGCGGACGCGGACGGGGACGUGGACGGGGACGGGGACGGGGACGCGGACGUGGACGUGGACGGGGACACGGACGGGGACGUGGACGCGGACGGGGACGCGGACGUGGACGGGGACGCGGACGCGGACGUGGACGUGGACGGGGACACGGACGGGGACGUGGACGCGGACGGGGACGCGGACGGGGACGCGGACGGGGACGCGGACGUGGACGGGGACGCGGACGGGGACGCGGACGGGGACGGGGACGGGGACGGGGACGCGGACGGGGACGCCGACGGGGACGCGGACGGGGACGCGGACGGGGACGCGGACGGGGGGACGCGGACAGACGCGGACGAGGACGCGGACGAGGACGCGGACGAGGACGCGGACGAGGACGCGGACGAGGACGUGGACGAGGACGUGGACGUGGACGUGGACGAGGACGUGGACGAGGACGUGGACGAGGACGUGGACGAGGACGUGGACGUGGACGAGGACGUGGACGAGGAGGAGGACGAGGACGAGAACGUGGACGAGGACGUGGACGAGGACGUGGACGAGGACCUGGACGAGGACCUGGACGUGGACGUGGACGUGGACGUGGACGUGGACCUGGACGUGGACGUGGACGUGGGCGUGGGCGUGGACGUGGGCGUGGGCGUGGGCGUGGGCGUGGACGUGGACGUGGACGUGGACGUGGACGUGGACGUGGACGUGGACGUGGACGUGGACGUGGACGUGGACGUGGACGUGGACGUAGACAUAGACGUGGACGUGGACGUGGACGUGGACGUGGACGUGGACGUGGUCGUGGACGUGGACGUGGACGUGGACGUGGACGUGGUCGUGGACGUUGUCAACGGGAGUUGUGUCAAGUAG